AACAUGGCGGCGAGCUGCGGACAUUUCGCUCUAAGCUAGCUCGUCCCCUCCGGACGUUUGUGGGGGGUGUUUCUUCUUCUCUGCUUCAGUGCAGCGACGGUUUGAUUUGGGUUAAAAGAUGGCGGCUGUGCAUCUGCGGAUCGGGGACUUGGUGUGGGGAAAGCUUGGCCGCUACCCACCAUGGCCUGGAAAGAUUGUAAGCCCCCCCAAAGACCUCAAGAAGCCCAGGGGGAAAAAGUGCCACUUUGUGAAAUUCUUUGGAACUGAAGACCAUGCCUGGAUCAAGGUAGAACAGCUGAAGCCGUACCACGCCCAUAAAGAAGAGAUGAUCAAGAUCAAUAAAGGCAAGCGCUUCCAGCAGGCUGUGGAUGCAGUGGAAGACUUCUUAAAGAAGGCUAAGGGGAAAGAACAGAACUCUGACGGUAAAGGAGACUCUAAAGGAAAGAAGGCGUCCAGCAAGCCCCUGAAAAUCCUGGAGGAGGACGAUGAGGAUCUCAGUGCCCUGAGGGACCCCUCUGAGAAGGACUUAACUGACUCUGACCCCGAGCCAUCUGCUCUGGAGAGGCUGGGGGCUGGACCCGGCUCUGGAUUCAAAUGGGAAACCAGUCCAGUCAAAGAUGACCCCCAUUUUCACCAUUUCCUGCUCAGCCAGACAGAGAAGCCCGCCUCAUCCAUGGAGCCCAUAAGCAAACGCCUGAAAAUCAUUGAAGAGGUCACAGGCUCAACAUCCAUUCAAGCAGCAGACAGCACAGCCAUUAACGGGAGCAUCACACCCACAGACAAGAGGAUAGGUUUCUUGGGGCUCGGACUCAUGGGCAGUGGCAUAGUUUCCAACCUGUUAAAAAUGGGUCACAUUGUGACUGUGUGGAACCGGACUGCUGAAAAGUGUGACCUGUUCAUCCAGGAGGGGGCCAGGUUAGGCAGAACCCCUGCAGAAGUGGCUUCCAUGUGUGACAUUACCUUCUCUUGUGUCUCUGACCCAAAGGCUGCCAGAGAUCUGGUGUUAGGACCCAGUGGAGUUCUGCAGGGAAUCAGGCCGGGCAAAUGCUACAUUGAGAUGUCCACCGUAGACCCAGAGACCAUCACAGAGCUCUCACAGGUGAUCACAUCGCGAGGCGGGCGCUUUCUGGAAGCUCCGGUGGCAGGAAGCCAGCAGCUGUCAAACGAUGGCAUGCUGGUGAUCCUGGCUGCAGGGGACAGAUCCGUGUACGAGGACUGCAGCAGCUGUUUUCAGGCCAUGGGCAAAACCUCCUUCUUUCUGGGUGAAGCAGGAAACGCAGCAAGAAUGAUGCUGAUCCUCAACAUGGUGCAGGGCAGCUUCAUGGCCACCAUUGCAGAGGGCUUAACUCUAGCCCAAGCAACCGGCCAAUCACAGCAGACCUUCCUGGACAUCCUGUGCCAGGGACAGAUGGCCAGCACUUUUGUGGACCAGAAAUGCCAAAAUAUCCUGCAGGGCAACUUCAAGCCAGACUACUAUUUGAAACACAUUCAGAAGGACCUGAGGCUGGCCAUCUGCAUGGGUGACAUGGCAAACCACCCAACCCCGAUGGCUGCAGCAGCCAAUGAGGUUUACAAGAGGGCUAAAGCACUGGACCAGUCCGACAACGACAUCUCUGCAGUCUACAGGGCCUACAUCCACUGAAGGGGCCACAUUUCCUCUGGACCACCGUCUCUCACCCCUCCUUUCUUUCUCAGUAGUGGUUUUUAUUUCAGUUUUAGUGCUUUGUUUAAUUCCUCCCCCAUCCCAGUCACUUUUUGCCCCCAAAGUCCUGUCAUUGCUUCUGAAGAGUCCUUGAGCUUGCACUGACCUGGCUGUGAGGAGGCUGCUGUGUGAAGACAUGCAGGAAACUGAAAGAAGUGCUGUUUGAUUUUUAAAGUGUGUCUUUAAUUUAGUGUUCUUUUUUUUAUCAUAAAUCCAUGAGUGAACCCCCCACCAACACGUCACUGCAUUGCCUUAAUGUCAGACGCCCUCAAGUCUCUCAGUGGUUUGUAUUUAUUUGUGUGGGCGGAGCUCAGUGCAGGUGGCUUCUUUGGUUUCCAGGUGAUCCUGCUUUUGUGUUGAUGUUUGUGAUCUGAUGUGAUGACAGGGCGACGCGUGCUGAGGCCUUAAAACACUGUACAGAUGGAGAGAGCCACCAUUAACCCUUUACAGACCCAUGUGGACACUUCUCUGACCUACGCUUUCACUCCGUUUGGUUUUAGGUAAAGUCAGGAUCAGAGGUGUUGAGCUUUCCACCGGAGUAUUCAAAGCCACAAUUGUUUAAUGAUCAGACUGUUACACGGCAGCAGAGUCCCACUUUGCUGCAUUUUUCCGUUUGCAUCGCCUGCUGGUUCACUGGUCUGGUAUUCCACUCAGAACAGUAGUUACUCUUUUUGCAAAAACGUUCUUUUGAAGGAAAACGUAACAUUUGACGUCUUUUACUUAAAUAUUGGAGGCUGAACUUGCUUGGGUCCAUUUGAGUUACUGCUGAAAAAAAAAUCAUUUUUGUCUUCAGCUUUUUGACUCCUUUAAAAUCAAUUUUGAAAUAAAUAUUUUAGUACCAUUUUGGAUGAAUUUCACAUGUGUAAUCUGUCAGUGAAGUCACAGGAGGUGUGACGCUCUGUGGGACGUGAGAGCAGCUCCGUGUGAUGGCUGAAUGACUGUCGUCUGAAUGGUUCUUGUUGGGACUCCAGUAUUCAGGUUGGACUUUUUUCCCUUUCACUGUUUUCAGAGGAAACUUGUAAAUACCACAUUAACUGCAUAGGUUCCUUUUGUGUCUCCAAUAACCCAAAAUGAAAAGAUCUUUUGGUUUUGACGACAGGUUCUUGUCUAACAUCUGUUCUUCAGUUCUGUAGAUUUCUCAGCUCAAAUGUAAAGACUGUCAAAGAAGCGUCUCAUAUAAUCCUGCUCAUUGCAUUGAAAUUAUGGUUUGGACCCCAGCAGUCGGAUGAGGGGAAACUUUGCUUUAGGGGGAUAUUUAUGAUUUUGUGUACGUAUAGAAAUGCAAAGACUUUUGUCCUGUUUAAUAAAUCCUCCCCUGAUUAUGGA